CCGCCGCCCCGCGGCCCGCCGCCCCGGCCCGCGCGCGCCAUGGAGCCCGGCCGCGGCGGCACCGAGACCGUGGGCCGGUUCGAGUUCUCCCGCAAGGACCUGAUCGGGCACGGCGCCUUCGCCGUGGUCUUCAAGGGCCGCCACCGCGAGAAGCACGACCUGGAGGUCGCGGUCAAAUGCAUCAACAAGAAGAACCUGGCCAAGUCGCAGACCCUGCUGGGAAAGGAGAUCAAAAUCCUCAAGGAAUUAAAGCAUGAAAACAUCGUGGCCCUGUACGACUUCCAGGAAAUGGCCAAUUCUGUCUACCUGGUCAUGGAGUACUGCAACGGUGGGGACCUCGCUGAUUACCUGCACACCAUGCGCACGCUGAGUGAGGACACCAUCAGGCUCUUCCUGCAGCAGAUUGCCGGCGCCAUGCGGCUGCUGCACAGCAAGGGCAUCAUCCACCGGGACCUGAAGCCUCAGAACAUCCUGCUGUCCAACCCUGGGGGACGCCGCGCCAACCCCAACAACAUCCGUGUCAAGAUUGCCGACUUCGGGUUUGCCCGGUACCUCCAGAGCAACAUGAUGGCGGCCACCCUCUGCGGCUCUCCGAUGUACAUGGCCCCUGAAGUCAUCAUGUCCCAGCACUACGACGGGAAGGCGGACCUGUGGAGCAUUGGCACCAUUGUUUACCAGUGUCUGACUGGGAAGGCCCCUUUCCAGGCCAGCAGCCCACAGGACCUGCGCCUGUUCUACGAAAAGAACAAGACACUGACCCCUGCCAUCCCCCGGGAGACCUCCGCCCCGUUGCGGCAGCUGCUCCUGGCUCUGCUGCAGCGCAGCCACAGAGACCGCAUGGACUUUGACGAGUUCUUCCAGCACCCCUUCUUAGACGCCAGCACCUCCAUCCGGAAGUCCCCCCCUGUGCCCGUGCCCUCCUACCCCAGCUCGGGGUCCGGCAGCAGCUCCAGCAGCAGCUCCACAUCCCACCUGGCCUCCCCGCCGUCCCUGGGGGAAAUGGCACAGCUUCAGAAGACCCUGACAUCCCCAGCCGACGCCGCCGGCUUCCUACGGGGCUCCCGGGACUCUGGUGGCAGCAGCAAGGAUUCGUGUGACACGGAUGACUUUGUCAUGGUCCCAGCCCAGUUCCCAGGUGACCUGGUGGCUGAGGUAGCCAGCGCCAAGCCCCCACCGGACAGCCUGCUGUGCAGCGGGAGUUCACUGGUGGCCUCUGCUGGCCUAGAGAGCCGCGGCCGCACUCCAUCUCCCUCCCCGACCUGCAGCAGCUCCCCCAGCCCCUCAGGCCGGGCUGGGCCCUUCUGCAGCGGCAGGUGUGGCGGCUCGGUCCCCAUCCCAGUCCCCACUCAGGUGCACAACUACCAGCGCAUCGAGCAGAAUCUGCAGUCACCCACGCAGCUCCAGGCCCGGUCCUCUACCGUCCGCAGCUCCUUGAGCUUUGCCCGGGCCAGCCCAUCCCCCCCAUCUCAGGCUGAUGGAGCCAUCCAGGCCAGGAAGCUGUCUCUGGGCGGGGGCCGGCCCUACACACCGUCUCCCCAAGUGGGGACCAUUCCCGAGCGGCCUGGCUGGAGCCGGGAGCCUUCGCCACAAGCAGCUGAGACGCGAGCUUUCCGGGCCCCUGGAGCAGGUUCCUCUGUGCCGGAGCACUCCUCUCGCACGGCCGGCCUGGGCUGCCGUCUGCACAGUGCCCCUAACCUGUCUGACCUGCACGUCGUGCGCCCCAAGCUGUCCAAGCUGCCCGCGGACCCGCUGGGGGCCACGUUCAGCCCCCCGCAGAGCAGCGCCCCCCAGCCCUGCCCCGUGCUGCCAUCCUGCCAUCCCCUGCGCGGCUCCCCCAAGCUGCCUGACUUUCUGCAGCGGAGCCCCCUGCCCCCCAUCCUGGGCUCCCCCACCAAGGCCGGGCCCUCCUUCGACUUUCCCAAGGCCCCCAGCUCCCAGAACCUGCUGGCGCUGCUGGCGCGGCAGGGUGUAGUGGUGCCGCCCCCUCGGAACCGCACGCUGCCCGAUCUCUCAGAGGCAGGGCCCUUCCAGGGACAGCCGCUGGGCCCCGGCCUGAGGCCCGCUGAAGAAGCCCGGGGCCCCUUUGCCCGGUCCUUCAGCAGCAGCCGCCUCACCGACCUGCUCCUGAAGGCUGCCUUUGGCACCCAGGCUUCGAACUCGGGCAGCACAGACAGCCUGCAGGAGAAGCCCAUGGAGAUUGCACCCUCGGCUGGCUCCGGAGGGACCCUGCACCCAGGAGUCCGUGCUGGGGGGGCCAGCAGCCCGUCCCCGGUAGUGUUUACCGUGGGCUCUCCCCCCAGCGGGACCACGCCACCCCAAGGCCCCUCCCGCACCAGAAUGUUCUCAGGUCCCUCUGCCCGCCACCUGGUGCCUGGGCCCUGCAGCGAGGCCCCUGAUCUCCCCGCCCCGGGCCACUGCUACAGCUUUGCCGACAACCUGGAGGGGGGCGUGACCUUCGAGGCCCCCGACCUUCCUGAGGAGACCCUCAUGGAGCAAGAGCACACAGAGACUCUGCACAGCCUGCGCUUCACACUCGCGUUCGUCCAACAAGUGCUGGAGAUUGCAGCCUUGAAGGGCAGGGCCAGCGAGGCGGGUGGGGGCCCAGAGUACCAGCUUCAGGAGAGCAUGGUGGCCGACCAGAUCAGCCUGCUGAGCCGGGAGUGGGGCUUCGCAGAGCAACUCGUGCUGUACCUGAAGGCGGCUGAGCUGCUGUCCUCUGGCCUGCAGACAGCCAUCGGCCAGAUCCGGGCCGGCAAGCUCUGCCUGUCGUCCACGGUGAAGCAGGUGGUGCGCAGGCUGAAUGAGCUGUACAAGGCCAGCGUGGAGUCCUGCCAAGGCCUGAGCCUGCGGCUGCAGCGCUUCCUCCUGGACAAGCAGCGGCUGCUGGACGGCGUUCACAGCGUCACGGCCGAGAGGCUCAUCCUCAACCACGCUGUGCAGAUGGUGCAGUCUGCCGCCCUGGACGAGCUGUUCCAGCACCGCCAGGGCUGUGUGCCGCGCUACCACAAGGCGCUGCUGCUGCUGGAGGGGCUGCAGCACAUGCUCACGGACCAGGCUGACAUCGACAAUAUCGCCAAGUGCAAGUUGUGCAUCGAGCGGAGACUCUCAGCCCUCCUGACCGGCGUCUGUGCCUGAGCCUCUGCUGUCUGGCUGUGGUGUCCUUGGAGCUGGACUCUGCAGACAUGUAGGAUGUGUACUGGCCAGACUCUGCACCUCAGCACAGAUUUGACGGUGCUGAGCCUGCCACCUACCAGCUUCUGUGAUGACGCUAGGUGGAGCCAAGCACCUGAGGCCACCGGCCUGGCCCCGCCCCACCGCCUCAGCUGCCCUCUCUGCUGGCAGUGGCCUGCAGGAUGGACACCUGGAACGGGCCUUUGCCCCACCAGACAGGACUUCCUGAGCUUGUCCUUCCUGGCUGUCUUCUCCCCUGGCAGGUAGUCACGGUGCCAAGAGGUGGCGGGCAGGUGCACUGGACAGCCCCAAGGGUAGGCAAGGCCCUAAGACUGUGUUGCUGACUCCAAGCCAAAGCAAGCUUCUCCUCAUGGCUCACUUGCUCCCUUGCUCACCCAGGAAAAGGGGUGUAGCCUUUUGGCCUCCCCAUCUCUCUAGGAACCUCUCCCUCUGAAAUCACCCACCCAGCUUUGUAAGUCACCCAAGCACUUUAUAUAGACAGAGACUGGAGGACUUGGCCCCUUCCUGGCCUACAGCGUAGACCACUGGGAAACGGCUCCUGUUCCCAGUCCCCAGUCCCGCCAUCUGAGGUGUUGUAUGUACAUAUGCAGAUACCUGUAUACAAACAUUAAUAGCCUGGAGUGUGCCACUGCCUGUGUUUGGUCCUCAGAAGGAAAAUGGAACAGGCUUCCCUGGGGGUGGAGGGGAGGGAGGAGAGUACUGUUAUUUAAAUGUUAUUUUAAGGACAGUCAGAAACACCAGCUCACUAUACCGUGAACACCUGUCAUGAUCUUUUCACUUUAUGUAUAAAAUGUCUUAUUUUCCUGAAGCUCAUGUUUUCUUUCAAGAAGGAGACUUAGAUGUUUAAGAAAUUGCUUGGGAGGGGUGGGGCAAGGUGGGGCGCCUGGAGCCGAUCUGGCGCUGCCGGGUGUGCAGGAGUGCUGAGCUGCCGGAGGUCGGCUACCGCACGUGCCUCCGCUAGCUGUCUGCCCACUGUCCUGUCCAGCUCCCUCGCGAGGGCACAGUAACACAUAUGCAAAGCCUCCCUCGUCAGGUGUAACACCGCUUGGAUGGCAAGGCUCCCGCAUCCAUUGGAGACCGUGCUGAGGCCUGUCUUCUAGGCUCCAUGGUGGACAUGAGCCAGAUACUGCCUGGCCUCCCUGGUUCGACAGCAUGGCCUGGGCCCUGCUCCAACCUACUUGAAUGUAUCUCUGGGUGUCCACAGGCAGAUGUGGGUCUGCACUUCCAAGCAAGGGUUCCCUCAAAGGACAGACACACACAGACACAAGUGUUUCUCUUUGCAAUACUUGAAAUAUUGCCACUGUGCUUGGAUGAGUAAGAAAAUGCCCCCAAGACUAGUUUCCUUUAUCAUCAUCCCCGGCUCCCCUUGUUGCAUGGAAGUGUUACAUUUACUGCUCUGGCCAGCAAGUCCAGAACCACUGGAGUGACUGCGGGGAGGGGGCUCACUGCUCCCUGGUCCUGUGGUUUCCUGGUAGCUCUGUGUGUGUGUGUGUGUGUGUGUGUGUGUGUGUGUGUGUGUGUGUGUGUGGCACCCGAGGGACUCACUACCCCCCUGGUCCUGUGGUUUCCAGCUGUGUGUGUGUGUGCGUGUGCGUGUGCGCGUGUCUGGUUAUGGAUGCUGGGUGCAAAUCCUGUUCUCCACAAAGUAGCGUCCAGGCUCCCCCGUCCUCCCUAUCUAUAUUAAAAUGAGUUUUAUGUGAGUCCCCCCCUUUUAUGUCCCUCUGUGAAAUGUCAAUUUAAGGAAAUAAACUUGGAAUUGUU